UCUUUAGCCUCAAAUCUUUAUUAUUUUAUUAUAUAAAAAAGUUCUCGCUCCUUCAACGUCUCAACCCAAAUCGUUUCUAUUUCUUCCUUAACCUUAAAGCUUAUUUACUUCUUCUUCAAUUUAUUCUUAUGGGACUUAACUUUGUGAGCAAUCCGAACAUCUCUUACUUUAAUAUGCAUUUUACACUUCCUAAAUCCAUAAGCUGGCAACCUGAAGUUUCUGUAGUCAAAAUGAAUCCAGCCAGUACUCGGAAAAGUUUCCGUGGUAAAUUCUGACACAAUUUUAGUUUUAAUUUCCUUGCAUUCUAAAUGUGUCUCCUGGGCAUUCGAUAAGGACCUGCUACACGUCUUUCCAGCGUAUGUUAAUCGCGGUUUCAAGCUCGCCUUGGGCUGUUACGUGUAACAAUAUUUCCCAAUCAAUUUCUCCCGUUUUCAUGGAUAAUUCGCUGUUCCCCCAAAGGAAAUUCGAAUACCAGCACAAUUUUCGGUUCGAUGGCACUCGAUAAUUAAAGCUUGUACAUAAUAAAUGUUUGUGAUUACUUAAUUUAUCAUAAAUCCGAUCAAGCUUUUCGAUUAUUUUCAUUUUAUUUUAGCAUUCCUCCUGUUGCCAACCUUUCUUUGUGUUUCCAGUGAUUAUUGCCUAUUUGUGCAUCAAAAUUUUCCGAAAACCACUUGAUUUCGUCCUCGAUUAAUAAUUACCAGACGUCCAGCCAGUCCCAAUAUGAAUAUGUCGACUAUGUUUUUCAUAAUUACGUAAAUUAAGGAGCUGGAGACAAAUUAAUGACUGACUAAAGUUAAUCGAAACUUGAUAGCGGAUGCGUAAAGGAUGUGAACAUUAUAAGUUUUCCACUGUUCGAGGCAAGGGCCAGCAGUUUUCUUAAGCACAAAGCAAAAACUAAGCAUGUUCAGGCCAAUUGUCAUCGUGACUUGCUUGAUUUACUUGGUCCAAGCCCAUCCAGACGAAAGACUAUCCACAAAACAGUUUAUGGCAAAAUACGGCUACCCGAUCGAGGACCAUUCCGUUACCACUCAAGAUGGUUACAUUUUGACCGCCCAGCGUAUCCCUCAUAGUCCUAAUGGGCAAAAACCGACUCGAGUGGUGCUUUUGGUGCAUGGAAUGGGAGGCAAAGGCGCAAACUAUUUGAUUUUAGGUCCUCCGGAUGCCUUGGCAUUUUAUAUGUCCGACCGAGGCUAUGACGUGUGGUUGUUUAAUGCCAGAGGCACUGAACUGUCCCGAAAACACAAAACUCUGAACCCGAACAGAGAUCGCAAAAAAUUCUGGAAUUUCAGCUGGAAUGAAAUUGCGCUGUUUGACUUGCCAGCGACUAUCGACUACAUUGUGAGGAAAACCGGAGCCGACAAGUUGUUCUACGUGGGUCAUUCUCAAGGAACCACUUCCUGUUUGAUUAUGUUGUCUGAAGUGCCAGAAAUAAACGAUAGAAUUUCGGCUGCGGCUCUGCUGGCUCCUGCAGUUUUCCUUAAUCUGACCAAAUCGCCCAUUUUAACUGCAGCCUCAAAACUAGCAGGACUUGCCCAGGUAACCUCAAAAUCUCCAUUGAAUCUCUGGAUGGCAGUUUAUUUCUCCAAACCUAAGAGGCUUUUGGGAAUGUUCAACUGGUACGAGCUGCCGAUGCCCAACAGCCCCAUGCUGAACAACAUCCUUCUGUCAUUGUGUCGACCUCCCAUGGAUGACCUCUGCCUCGAUAUCGUGUACUUGAUUGGAGGACCAACAUCUGGAUUAGUGGACAAGAGCAUAGUUCCCAUGGCCUUAAAGUUUGGUAUUUCUGGAAUAGCCAGCAAGCAGAUCUUCCAUUAUGGGCAAGUGAUACUAAGUGGAGAGUUCAAAAAAUACGACUACGGAAGUAAGGGAAACCUCAAAAUGUACAACAGCACAAAGCCGCCUCUUUACCAGCUGCACAACGUGAGAGCACCGAUGGCGCUAUUUUACUCGGUCGAGGACCCUUUUGGAAACAAUUUGAUGAUGGAAAAGCUAAAGACAUUUCUACCCAAUGUGGCGCUCGACAACCAAAUGUCUUUACCGAACUGGAAUCAUCUGGACUUUGUACUGGCUCGCAACUUGCGCCAGGAAGUACACGAGCCUUUAUACGAGUUAUUCAAAAAAUACACCGAUGAGCUGUAAGCUCAGAAGCCAGUAAACAGGGUCUUGAAAACA